ACAUACUUUGAUGAUAGAAAUGCCCGAGCAUUAAUAUUGAUCAAGCCACUUGCUCAAACCGUUAUGAAAAAUCUCAAGGAAGGAUUUUUCAAUGAGGAUAUUUUUGAGCAUUUGAAGUCAAAGUCUGUCGUAUUUUCCCUGCCAGAGUUCCAGUUGUCUGAUCUAAUCAAACUCCUCCUUCAUCUUAAUAUCAUUACAAAACUAGAAGAUGAACAAAAGGGACACUACUUCAUUCCUUAUGCUCUUCCUUCAUACAAUGAACCAGUUUCAGUUGAGGAGACUAAUGCUAAGCCACUUCUUAUAGUCUGGAGGGAAGAGAAGAGUGAAGAGAUCUUACCAGUUCCUACAGGAUUGUUCCCUUUAACCAUUGUACACCUACUCAACCAGAAAGAAUGCGUUACUAAAAUCUCUCCAUCAACAUCAGAGUAUUACAAAUUUCGAGAUGCAAUAUCUCUCAAGAUAACCUUCACACAAAAGCACACACUUCACCUCAUCAACCGUUACACUCAUAUUGAAGUGUACUUUACUGGUCCUACCCAGCACUGUCCAUUAGUACGUAAGCUACUCACAACAGCUAUUGAUGAUAGCAGUGAUGCCAUGCACCUCAAGCAUAAUUACGUCAAUGCAUUUGCUUGCCCUUCCAAGAGGAAUAGCUGCUACUGUAUUGUUGGGUUCAGUAAAGAUGUUCAUUUCAUCAACUGUACAGUGUGCUGUGAGUCUGCUACUAUCAGUAAUGAUCACUGGGCCUGGUUUGAAUCAGGACCUAUUGUGAGUAGGAAUGCAACACAAACAAAACAAGUUAAAGACCAUGAUACAUCAGAUCAAAACCUACUGUUAGACAAGAAGCCUCAAAAGAGUGACCUCCUUAGGUUGUUCAAAAGUUCUGCUGCUCAUUACAUGAUCAUUGGCACUGCACUUGAUGUUAAAGUGGAUGACUUACCGCCAUAUCCAGGGGCUGCUACUAAUAACCUUAUACUAGUCUUCAAGAGAUGGAUAGACUCAGAUAAUGAUGUAACCUGGAGGAAUAUACUGGAGGUUUGUGAAGAUUAUUUGGAGGACCUUGGAAAAGUGAAAGCUGACUUGAAAGGAUUUCUUUCAUCUGAUAAAGCCCGUAACAAAUAUUUAUAAAAAUUAUUAUAACUUUUCCUGUUACAAUAUUUAUU